UACGAGUUUUAUUAUUCACACGCGUUUUAGUAAAAUUGUGCAAACAUUUGUGAUUGCUAUCCAAUACGGAAUAUUAAUAUUAUCGUGUGGAUGGUUUAGCGAAAUAAAAAUAAAUAACUUAUUAGGUGUAUUGUGUUUGGUUUAUCGGCUUGUGCGCGCAAUGAUGGCAACACUGUAUACGCCGGCCAUGUUAUGAUAUGUAAAAGGUAGUAGACGUAGACACGUGUUUAAUUCGUGCUGCUAUUUUGUACGCUCAAAUUGUGUGUCAAGCCUAUCACAAAAAAAGCAGAAAACAGUGAAAAAUAUUUUAAAAAACAUUUUAAGUGAACGCAGCGGCAAUUUGCAGGCAAUUGAAAGCAUAUUUAUUUAACCCACUGGUUUCAAAAGAUUCUCCAAUAUUCAGCGAAAAUGGUAUCCGGUCGUCCACUACUCUAUCUGUCACUGCCCGGUGUAGCAUUUAUACUCGGCGUCUUUUGGUUUCGGCGUAGAAAUAAAAAUCGUGUAGACAAAAACGAUGAUGAUAAUGGAACAGCAGCCGUCGCCAAUGGGAAGCCAGUUAAGGAGGCCGCCGCUGAGCCGGCGAUUCAACAGCGCAAAGUGAACGGUGUGCAAUCGGCAAAUGGCAAAUUGCCCAAUGGAUCUGUGGCCACCAAAUCAAUGAAUAUUACUGUGGGUGGCAACAGCGGCAGCGGAGGCGGCGGCAAUGUCGAUGACAAGGAUAGUCCAAAUUCGAUGUUAUACGGCAAAUCGGCACCAAUCACCAUACAACAAAGCAAUGGACGCGCAUCGCCGGGCAACAAACACCAACAGCAACAGCAGCAAAUCGAUUCGGAAAUGUUAAAGUCAAAGAUCCAAGAUGCCGAGCACAAGAAACUCUGUUCCAUUGACGAAGACUUUGAGAAUCUAUCGUCGCCCAGUAAUUUGCCCGAUUCGGUUAAUAAUCGUGUCUCGUUCUACAAUCGCAAAACAAAUCAAAAGGCCGAGGAGCCGGUGGUCAUCAAGGCAACACGUACCCCCAAAAUAUCGCCUGAGAAUUCGUUCCUGGAGAGCAAGUACACAAAGCAGGAAUGCGGCGAGCAGAACAACAACUGUGAGCCGACCAAAAAGCAGGAGGCAGCAACAACAGCAGCAUCGCCUAUAGAGACAGCAACAGCAACAGAAACGCAGAUACAAGCCACAGAAAAACAGACUGAGGACGAUCAGAAUCAGAAUCAGAAUGAGAAUCAGAAUUCAGUUGUAGUCGAGCAGACAAUUGUGUCGUCGUCGUCUGAGGCAGACGAUGCCAAUGGCAAUCAGAAGCGCAAUGUGGAUGCCGCAAGUCCAUCGCUGAGCAUUUGCAGUGUGCAAUCCGGCGAUUCGGGCAAAGGAUCAAGUCUGCCACGGUCCGAGGCAACGACACGGAUCAAGACCACAUAUGAAUUCUAUUUCCCAAAUAGUUUAAUCGGUCAGCUCUAUGGACGCAAGCGUUCGUUCAUCAAUCAGAUGAAGGCGAAAACCUCGGCCAAUGUCACACUGAGCAAGACACGCUAUUCAACUGGCAAAUUGCGCAUCUGUACCAUUGAGGGCACCGAGACGGAGAUCGAUGCCGCACUGGUGAUGAUCCGGCAACGAUUGCCAGCCAGACGCUAUCCAAAUUUCACAAUGCAGCGUAUCCACUAUGCGCUUCCGCAAACCGUAGUUCCUCUUUCGACUGAAAGCCUCUUUAACCUACAACUUAAACUGAUCGAGGGCAUCAACAACGAUGUGGUCGUCACCGCCGUGCUGUCGGGCAAUCAUGUGUUUGUCCAGCAUCCGCUGCAUCCAUCGCAUCCCUCACUGCACGCUCUGCAGAAGGGCAUGUUCGAUAGCUACUCGACCAUGGAGGCGCCCACAUUGCCGAGCAUCGAGAUCAGCGCCGUCUGUGUGAUCCCCGUCAAUGGGGUUUGGUAUCGCGUGCAAAUUUGCGAUAUCGAUGAGGAGGAUGAGGAGCGUUGUCUGGUCAAAUUCUUGGACUUUGGCGGCUACAUGAAUGUCAGCUUUAGUGCGCUGCGUCAAAUUCGCACCGACUUUAUGGCGCUGCCCUUCCAAGCCACCGAGUGCAUACUGUCCAACGUGGAGCCCAUCGAUAAUACUUGGUCAGCGGAUGCGGCCGAUAUCCUUAAUAAAUUAACCAAAGGCAUUGUCUUGCAAGCACAAGUCGCCGGCUACAACAGCCACAACAUACCAGAAAUCUAUUUAUUUGCUUCUCUAGGUCCAAAUAAUGUAAUUUUUAUCAAUAAGGAAUUGGUCGCCAGAAAUCUCGCAAAAUGGGUCGAGAUACGUGACUAACAACAACAAAAAAGCAGCCUGCAAAUGAACAAAGCAAAGCAAGUUUAAACUAAACUAAAACUAGAAGCAACAAAUUCAACUACAACAUCAACAACCAAAUAACAACCACAAUACAAGAGAAGAACAACAUCAACAAAAGAAAAGCAACAGCAACAACUUCAACUUCAACUUUCAACAGCAGCUAAAAAAAACCUUAAAAAGAAAACACAACAACAACAACAUAAAACAAAAUAACAAAUGGAGAAACUAAGUUGUAGGAAGCGACUGAGCCUAGAGCCCGUAUUUAAUAUAUAAAUACAACACACAUACAUACACACAAUACCCAUACACACUCACACGCACACACGCAUAGUUCACACACACACACACACACAUAUACGUUGACACCCACAAUCCAUUUCCACUUCCACAUACAUUGAAUGCAUAUAUAAAACAUAAAAAAAAAAAUGUUAAACAAUCUAAAAAUAAGCAAUUUGAUUGCCGCCUGCGAAUUUUGUUGUUGAUGAGAUCCCAUCGCUGAUCUCUUUUUCUGCGCAUAGGCAAAACUAACUAACUAACUAAUUAACUAACGAAUUAAUCAAUUAACAAACAAACUACAAGUGAGCGAUCAGUGCGGAAGUUUUAAAUUUGAUAAUCAAUUAUCAACACAAAAUAACGCAAACUAACUUACUAAUGCAAAUAGUAACAACAAUAACAACAACAACAAAUUCUCGGCUGUUGCGUUGGGGCACACAUACAUACACAUGUAUACAUCCACAAACAAACACACACACACACACACACACAACCAAGCAACCAACGAAACGCUUAAGAUAUUACCAUACUCAGUUAAUAAGUAGUAAUAUGUUUAGUGUAAAUAGUUUUCUUUGUAAUGAUUUUUUUUUUUUUUUGUUUAGUACCACAAACGUCGCAAUUUCUCAUCAAGAAAAUACAUUUGAUAAUAACAACUCUCUCAAAUAGCAUAAAAUUGAAUAACAUUAACUUGUACAUACAUCAUUUUUAGCGAAUUUUGUUUCGAUUUGUUGACAAACAAAAAGAAAAGAGAAAUGGUAAUUUUCUAACAAUGAUUUUUAGAUGGUCUUUAAUUUAUACGAAUACAUUUUACUCAAUCCAAGCAAAGUACAAGAAUAAUGCGUAUUAUUGUAUAAAACUCAAAAACAAAAGAAAACAAAUUUAAUGAAAAAUUGAUGAAAUGUGAAAAGACGGACAAAAGCUCCCUUUAAAAUCCAAAAAAAAACAGACAAA